AUGAUCAACUCGUCGUCGACGCCUUCUCCGGCGACAUUUGCGGUCGCCUCUCCGGAGAUGCGACCACAAAUGUCUCCGGCGACGAAACCGUCGUUGGCGGCCGAUGAAUGUUGGGUUAGAAUGACUAGUUUUAUUAAUCCUGAUGGCUACUUCUCUUUUACUGAUUGGGUGCAAGACAAUAUAAAAGUUAUUACCAGGGAUGAUCUCUCUCUUUUGGUUAUGUUGUGCUGGAAUUUAUGCUUGUGCAGGAACGAGAAGAGCCUCAACCCAUUUGAGAGACUGGAGGACAUAACUGAGAGUGAUCGGACCAACAGACCCCCUCAAGUGAAUGUUACUGUCAAAUGGAAGAAGCUUAAAACUGGAUGGUCAAAACUCAAUGUGGAUGCUGCGAUUGAUGCAAACAGUGGUAGAAUGGGCUUUGGGUGGAUUCUUAGAGAUGAUAAUGGACACUUCAAGGCUGCAAGAUGUACUCCAUGGAAUGGUGUUUUUUCUCCCAAGGAAGCUGAGGCAGUUGCUAUUCGGGAAGCACUCUCUUGGAUCAAAUCCUCUCGUUUAGACCAUGUUAUUUUAGAAACUGAUGCAUUAACUGUUGUUCAAUGUUUAAAUUCAAACUUAGGAGAGUCCUCUUUUGAUUUGAUUGUCUUAGAUAUCAAAGAUAGGCUUAGUUGGUUCUCUAAUGUGUUUAUCUCUUUUAUUAAGCGAUCUGCGAAUUGA